AACAGCUAGAAUUAGCUAAUAUAAAACGUAGGAACGUUUAUUUUGUGGUGUUGGGGUAGUCGAGUUUAAUUCACAACAGGACCUCAACAGUGACAGAUGGCGUGCUAGCUAGCGUACGUAACAAUGAGAAAAGUUUAGUUUUUUCUCACUUAAAUGUAUCCCGACCUCAUCGACAUAGUAUCUGACCUUUUAAAAUAAGACAAGUUGACUCCGUAGACUGUCUUAUUAAAAAAAAACUGCUACAAUGGACGACCUUCAGAGGACAGUUACUCAAGAGGACGCGGUUCAGUACAAACUCUUCUCGGUUCAGAAAGACGGUUUAACUUCACAGCAGAAUGAGGAGCAUCUCACACAUCUAGUGGAGGAGAUUUUGACAAAGUUUGCCCCUCUCCUGAUGCAAUACAUCUGGCAGCAUCAGUCAUUCAACCUCAAGUAUCAUUCUGAGAAAGGUGGUGUCCCUGCUCACAUUGGAGGGAGCACUCAGUUUGGGGACAAUGUGGAGGACGAGUGGUUUAUUGUUUACCUCCUGCAGCAAAUCACAGAGGCUUUCCCAGAGCUUGCAGCAAGAGUUGAAGACAAUGAUGGAGAGUUUCUUCUGAUUGAAGCAGCAGAUUAUCUUCCCAAGUGGCUGAAUCCAGACAACAGUGAAAACAGGGUCUUCCUCUAUAAAGGAGAACUGCACAUUCUGCCCUGUCCCUCCAAAUCCAGUCCAGUGGGGGUUCCAAAAGAUGUGGUACCAACUGUGCCACAAGCUUUAGCGCUGCUCUCCACCCACCCAGAGGCCUGUCAGGCAAGCCCCAAGAUCCGUUCAGCCCUGAGGAAGCGAUUAGAGGGUUAUCCAGAGAAGAUUAAAACUGGCCUCCAUCAUGCCCACUGCUUCAUACCCUCUAAUGUCGCUAUGGUGUUAGCACAACGACCAGACCUCGUUGCCCCUGCAGUGUCCGCGUUCUACUUGCGGGAUCCAGUGGAUCUGCAGGCGUGUCGGAGCUUCAAGACCUUUCCUCCUGACACAAGAGUCCUCACCUCGGUCACAUUUACCCGUUGCCUGUACGCACAGCUGCAGCAGCAACAGUUCACCCCAGAUCGGAGGAGCGGCUUCACCCUGCCUCCUCGCUCUCAUCCCCAGUACAAAGCCCAUGAACUUGGCAUGAAACUGGCCCAUGGUUUUGAGAUCCUGUGUUCUAAGUGCAGGUUGCCAUCGUCAGAGCCCGAUGCCCCCGUCAGUUGUAACCCGCAGUGGAAAGGCUUCAUGGAUAGUCUGAAAAGAAACGGCUACUUCAGAGGAGAACUGGAAGGUUCAGCUCAUCAUAGAGAACUAACACGAUCUGCGGAAAACUUUUUCAAACAGUCUGUCGCCUCAAAAUCAAGUGCUUUAUCCCCGGGUGAGGAAGUUCUCCAGCUGCUGCACAGCUGCAGUGCGUUCAGCCUGGAGGAGCUGAAGAAACAAGAGUCACAGCUCCCCCAAGAGGACAGUGACAGCUGGCUGGAUAUCACGACUCAGGAUUUGGAGCGUAUGUUGCAGGAGAGGAGCGGGGGGAGAGCUGAUGUUGGCAGCCAAAACGCCAGUUCCACCAAACAGAAACAGGGUGUUGGGGGUGCAGGGGAGAGGAGGAAGGAGAUGGAGAAUGACAAGGAGGAAGAGGAGGCCGGUUACAGCCUGGUAGCAGUCAGUCAGGGGAUGAAGAACUUCCUAAACGCCAUGUCGUCACAUGAGGGAGCUGAACUGCCCUGGAGCAGUUCAACUCAGCCUUUUAGUUUGGAGCCCGAUGCCAUGGCCAACGCUCUGGACAGACUGCUAGGAACCAAAGAAGAAGAGCUAGAUUCAGAUGAUCUAGAUGAUGAUGAUGAUGAUGAUGAUGAUGAAGAAGAGAAUGAAGAAGGGUCCACAGGCUACACAGAGAUGAACGGGACAGAAACGUUGGACAGUCUCAGAAGAUACAUGGAGGAAAUGGAUCAGGAGCUGAUGAGCACUAAUAUCGGACAAAGCUUCAAUGUGAAGAAUUACAACAAGGCAGGCGUGGACAAUGGCUCCCCUCAUCCCGCUGCCACGGACGGUGUCCCAAGACAUGAAGCUCAGGCAGAGACAGAGGAGGAGAUCCAGCCUCUGGACGUCGACCUCAACCUGGUCACAAACCUGCUGGAGUCCCUCAGCUGCCAGGCCGGGCUGGCUGGACCGGCUUCGAACCUGCUGCAGAGUCUGGGUAUUCACCUACCGCCCAACUCUGAUCCCUCGUAAAGGACAUAAAAUGCCUUUAUUCAUAUUACAGUACCUCUGUUGGCAAAGCACUCAUGGAUGUUGAAGAUGUCACGAAUUUCAUAAAAUAUUAUCAAAAAUCUUUUGGAAUAUGGAAAAAAAUGGAAAAUGCUGCACUGGGUCAAGACCAGGCUGCGACAUUUGAGGCUGAAAAAUGAAGUGGGAAGGGCCGAAAACUGCAAAUCACUAACUGGUUGCUUGAUUCUGGCUCCAAAACAGAGUAACUCCCCAUAGACCCCAAAAAAUCAAGCAGUCUUCAAGAUAAGGCAAGUACUCACAUAAGAACAAGAAACGAUGACUGUUCGGCUCACUGAAUGUGGAAGUCCAUGGUUUAGGUUGGCAGUAUGAAAACCAUCUGAAGCACUCUGAGCAUGAUAACCUUUUAGUAAUACAUGUAUGAUCAGCGUGGUUUGACUUAAAAAUCUUCAACAUUUUAGGAUGCUCGGAUGCUUUUCAGACUCCCAAUCUACAGCAUGAACUUCUACAUUCAGAGAGCUAAACAGUCAUUGUUUUUUAUUGUCAUGUGAUCUUUUGGCAUGUGUUUAAACCUGCCUUGUUUGUAGUUUACAGUUCAUUUUAAAUAUACACAGAAAAGAAAUGAAAGCUCAUUCAUGUGUAGAACAUACAUUUCAGAUAGCAUAAAUGAAAAAUACGCUAAACACUCUGAAAUAACAACGCAAUAAUGUACAGGGUUUUACAUUGUUUUUUUCCAUUAGAUAGUUUCUGCUUUGGUCCAUAUUAGUGUUGAAAUAGUCGUAUAAAUAUACAAAACUUUUUCUUCAAGGAUGACCCCCUCAGUUGAUUGAGGCAUAUACAGUAUAUGGCAGUGUAAAAUGAGGUGCAUUCAUCUUCAGUUUGGUUGCAGUGUGAACACAGAUUUUAUCAAGUCUGUGUUGCUAUGAAUCUUUAUGUCCGGAUUUAUUCAUGUUCCUUCUUUGACAAACCAAGUGGCUGGAUGAAGGCAGGAUGAAGUGGACACAAAAAGGUCUUAGCAAAUUAUGAUGUACAUUUUUUAACAGGUUUACAAAGGAUUUUUAAUGCAUUCUGCUUUGUGUGAUGAAUACCGUUUGUGAUUUUUGACUGCAUUACAUUUGGAUGUUAGAAUAAAUAUUUUUGGAAAUAAAUAAGUCACAUGUCA